AUGCAGGAUCAACAAGCACGCGACCGUAGUAUCUGCAUUCAGCUUCACCUUAACGAAGUCCAUGAUGCACUUGAACGUCGAAAAGGAAAAGGUGUCCAUAAGUCGGAUUCAGAGUAUGCCUUGGAAUUACACCAAGACGAAUUACGCAAAUACAAUAUAACAAUUAAAGAUAGGGCUAUUGUGAAAAGUAUACAAAGGGCGGUAGACACGGAUAUGGCGAUUAUAGAGAGAUUUAGACGGUUAGAAUUGCAAGAAGCCGCAGAUAGAAGACUUGCCCUACAAUUGUCGAGGGGAGAGGACGGUUUUAAUCAUCAUGCUGAUGAAUAUGAAGAGCCUGACCAAAACGAAUAUUAUACAGGCAUGCCAAGAAACCAAUAUUAUACAGGCAUUCCAGAAAACAAUAUUUAUAUAGGCGAGCCUUCAUCUUCUACAUCGGAAUUUCCCAAACGGAUAUCCCCCGCGCCUUCAUCCGUGUCAUCCUCUCCACCUGACUCAACCUGGAUCUCUUCGUAUCUAACCCCCAGCGACGGCGGCCCUUCGUCUGCAGCACCACGCACCAAAACCCAAUUGAAACAAUGCAACUGUUGCUUUGAACGCCGCGAAACCCACUCUCUCACCUGUAUGCACAACUUUUGUUAUCCUUGCCUUCGUCAACUAUUUGUAAAAGCCACCACCGAUGAAACUUUAAUGCCCGUUAGAUGCUGUGGCGAAGAGAUUUCUAUUGAUGUAGCGGAGAGGGUUCUGAAUGAUGCCGAGUUGCAAGCGCAUCUGAUGAAGAGAUUGGAAGUGACAACUGAAGACAAGUUGUACUGUCCUAACCCGCUCUGUAGUAGAUUCAUACCAAUUAGUGAUGUCACGGUAGAUGUUAUUUUAUGUCCGGCUUGCGAUUCCCAGAUCUGUUCCGACUGUGGGAAUUAUGUGCAUAGGUGUGUUUUGAUAAGAAUGAGUGCACUAGGCGGUGCAUGUCCCGAAGAUCCCGAAGAUGCCCAAAUACGAGAACUGGCCAUACAGGAGAAAUGGCAACAAUGUCAUCGAUGUCACCGUAUUGUCGAUUUGUAUUAUGGUUGCAAUCACAUGACAUGCAUUUGUAGAAACGAAUUCUGUUACGAAUGUGGUGAAUCUUGGAAAUCAUGCGACUGUCCGAUAUGGGACGAAGAACGACUGAUUCUCACUGCCACAAAGAGGGUUCAACAAGCGCAGCCAUACCUUCGCGGCCACUACUUCGAUAAUGCAGUAGACGACUACCGCCGAAGACUUGAAGUAGAGCAUAUUUGUCGGCACCAAUGGACACAUAUACAAUUGGAUCAGACUCAGCAGUGUGCAAAUUGCUGGUUCGUGCUGAAAAAUUAUACCUACGAAUGCAGGGAUUGUCUCCUCAGAGUUUGUUUUACAUGUCGGUACCAUCGUAUUCCUCAUGAAGAGUAA